UCCGAUUUGGUAGUAGUCAUUUAGACUUUGGUAUUUCAAAGCCAGAUUUAUCCCCAGCAUAGGGGUUUCGUUUGCAUUGGGCAGCACAGUUAACUAGAACGUUAUCUAUAUGAAGAGCUGAUGGAAGACGCAAGGGAUUUGGCUGAACGCACCCCACGUUCAGAGCGUAAGCGGAGAGACUCAUUCGGGAUGUUUGAUGGCUAUGACAGCUGUAGCGAGGAGUCUACCAGUAGCUCCAGUUCGGAGGACAGCGAGGAUGAGGUGGUGCCCUCCAUCCCUGCCAGCCUGCCCAUCAUCAAGAACAAUGGUCAAGUCUAUACUUAUCCAGACGGCAAGGCUGGAAUGGCCACUUGUGAGAUGUGUGGGAUGGUCGGAGUACGAGAUGCUUUUUACUCAAAAACCAAGCGCUUCUGCAGUGUGUCCUGUUCUAGAAGUUAUUCCUCAAAUUCCAAAAAAGCUAGCAUCUUGGCAAGACUCCAGGGCAAACCACCAACAAAAAAGGCGAAGGUCUUACAGAAACAGCCUCUAAUGGCAAAGUUGGCAGCUUACGCCCAGUACCAAGCAAGUCAGCAGAACCAGGCCAAAUCAAAAGCAGUGGUCCCUGCAGAGAGCUUUGACUGGGGUCGGUAUAUUUGUAGCAAUAACACGAUCGGAGCUCCAGUCAGCUGCUUCAAGCACGCCCCCAUGGGGACAUGCUGGGAAGGCAUAGAAGAAGGAGUGAGGAUCGAAGUGUUGAACUCCGACACCAACCUCUCCACUAAAGUGUACUGGAUAGCAGAAAUCAUUAAGCUAGCAGGGUUCAAGGCUCUCCUGCGGUAUGAGGGCUUUGACAACGAUACCAGUAAGGACUUCUGGUCCAAUCUCUGUAUCCCUGAGGUGCACCCAGUGGGAUGGUGUGCUUCAAGUGGCAAACCCCUUGUACCUCCAAAAAGCAUACAGCAUAAGUACUCUAACUGGAAAGCCUUUCUUGUGAAGCGUCUCACUGGAUCUAAAACACUGCCACCUGACUUUAAUGCCAAGGUACACGAGAACUUGCAGUUCCCCUUCAAGAAGCUGAUGCGGGUGGAGGUGGUGGAUAAGAACUACCUGUGCCGGACACGGGUCGCUCUGGUGGAGCAGGUAAUCGGAGGUCGCCUCAGGCUGGUUUAUGAGGAGAGCCAGGACCGGUCAGAUGACUUCUGGUGCCACAUGUACAGCCCCCUCAUCCAUAAUAUAGGCUGGUCGCGUAGCAUCGGACAUCGCUUCAAACGAUCAGAUGUUACAAAGAAAAUUGAAGGUCAAGUUGAUGCUCCUGCAGACUUCUUCCAGAAGGUGAAAGAUGUGGACCAGAGUGGGGACUGGUUCAAAGACGGGAUGAAGUUAGAAGCAAUUGACCCCCUCAACCUCUCAGCUAUAUGUGUAGCCACUGUAAGAAAGGUGUUGGCAGACGGGUACCUCAUGAUUGGGAUCGACGGUUCGGAGGCAGUGGACGGGUCAGACUGGUUCUGCUACCACAGCACCUCCCCUUCCAUCUUCCCUGUCGGCUUCUGUGAAAUCAACAACAUUGAACUCACGCCCCCAAGAGGGUACACUAAACUGCCACUUAAAUGGUUUGACUACCUCAGAGAAACAGGUUCAAUAGCUGCUCCUGUCAAGCUCUUUAACAAGGAGGUUCCCAAUCACGGUUUCCGGCAGGGAAUGAAGCUGGAGGCUGUUGAUCUAAUGGAGCCACGGCUGGUAUGUGUUGCCACGGUGACGAGGAUUGUGCACCGGCUACUGAGGAUCCACUUCGACGGCUGGGAGGAUGAGUACGACCAGUGGGUGGACUGUGAGUCACCUGACCUCUACCCUGUGGGUUGGUGUCAGCUGACGGGCUACCAGCUGCAGCCCCCCGCCUCACAGAGUAACAGAGAAAUGCCUCAGUCUGUACCCAAGCAGAAAAAAAAAGCCCAGCAGUACAAAGGCCAAAAGAAGAAGAGGAAGAUCCCGGUUGGUCGACGGCCCUUCAGUCAGACAGGCAGGAGGAGGAGCAGCUUCUCGGGGGACGAAGAGCAGAGUCCGCCCCCUUACCUUGCCCAGGGGCCCACUCGGCCCCGACCCCGAACACACCUCCACCAAACCCACAACUCAGAGUCUCUCCUGCGAAUGAAAGAGGAGACAGCCGAGGUGGACGAGUUCACCUUCUCACAGGGCACCUCCGACCAGGAGAGCAACGGCUCGGGCAGCUACUACAUCAAACAGGAGCCCUGAGCUCACGAGGCCAGGACAGAGCAGGAUAAACCAGGACAGGUCACACUUCUGGAAAACCCCAUCGAGGUUCAGGAACACGGAGAGCCGAACUAGGCUCGAAUCACAUUCAGACCAACGCCACAGGCCUUCUGCUGUGUCGAUACAGAAUAUGGCCACGAUGAGUAGGAGCGGGUUGUUAUUGCGCUCCUGAAAAAUCCUGAAGGGAACCUCCCCCGGAACAAUUUUCGAACCUUGUAGCUGUGUGUGCACAUAAUCACUCAAGAAACCUGUGUGAUUGAAGGGUUGGAAAGCACCCAGGGUCGGGCCUGCGUCACGUAUGUUUGGGCAUUCUCUUUUGUACCACCCUCGGGUGAAACAACAUCAUUCUCUCCUCUCCAUUUUUCUACAGAAAUGGGGGCCCUGCGAGUCAACAUCAGCGCUCUCUGCCUCUGCCACAAUCUGGGCCGCACACAGAGACCUGUAGAAACUGUGAGAACCAUUUAUUGAGCCAGGUCUUUAGUUGUUGUUUGUAUUUUUUUUCGUUUUCAGGUCAGAGAGUCAGCCACUGAACGGCCUGAGGAGAAACGUGGUGCUGGCAGUAAGAGGAACAGAGUUGUGUAUAUUUUGAUUCUUUUCUUCUGAACAAUAUUGCCAGGUGGACUUUUGCUUUGUUAAUAGUACUUGAAGUUUUUUUUUUUUUUUUCUUUUUCUUUUCUUUUGUAAUGAUUUUGAGGUUGUUAUUUUCUUAAUGUACUUAUUUGCAUUUACAUUUUUUGGUGGCUGUGUGGGAAACUUAAUGUGCAUUGUUUCAUAAAAGUGAUUCUAUUCAUAUAGUAUGUGGAGACCUAUUCAAAUAGAAUUACAGAGUAUAGAUAUUAAGGAUUGUGAUUUGGAGAGAGACCUUAGUACAGUGCUGCUCAGCAUUUCUGAUAUUCAUUUUAUUUUUUUACAUUUAAAAAAAACUCUUUCUUCCAAUUGGCCAGAUUAUUUCCACAGCUGUAUUCAUUUCUGAUUCCAACAUUACAGAACCAAAAUCUGAUUCAAGUUCAACAACAUAAUUUCAUCAAAGUUUCAUAAAAAAUUCUGGAAACUUGUGGGGCUGCAACUAAAAUGUUAUUAUUUGUUAUCAUUAUGGAUACAUUAUUAUUUGUUGAUUAAUACUUUGGAAAAUGGUGACAAAUACCCGUAACAAUUGAUUAGUUUAAAAUUAUUCUAGAACCCAGUGAAGUGCAGCUUUAUCCUUACAUCUGAGGAGCUGGAGCCGGCAUCUUUUGGGGCAUUUUGAAGUGAUUAUUCAAUCAUUAAGAUUGUUGUCGAUACAUUUUCUAAUGUAACGAUUCACCUACUAAUCUACAGGUGCAGUUUUAACAUUGUCCACGUUAAAGCUGCACCUGUUGCUUUUAGAAGAGCUGUAUGUUUUCGUUUGGCUUUAUGUGUUUAAGACCCCUGCGAGGUACCAUUUAGCAACUUAUUUCUGGUGGCGACAGUUCUAGUGAUUUGGUGGAGAAAUUAAAAACAUGGUGCAGCUUUAAUUCUAUUCACAUUCCAUUGGGCUUUCACUAACACUGUAGGGUUUGUACAUCUUAAUAUCCUUCAGCGAUAUUAAGUGGGCAUUUUGGGGAGUAAUUGUUUUUUUGGUUAAAACUGCUUUAAUGUCCAUAUUUUAGGAUACUAUAGAUUAUAUAAGCCAGGAUAAGCUUAAAACAGAGCACAUAUCUAAGGAGGUAACAGUGAUGUGUGGCUUUGAUGGCUCAGUGUGGAGCUUUAGGGACCUAUCACAGUAAUCAGAACUCUCAUAAUACCACCAACUGUGGGGAUUAGUAACUGCUGUAGCAAGUGUAGCAGUGCUAGGACUAGGCAGAAAUGUCCAAGUUAUCAUUGUGAAUGUUUCAGGUCCUGUAAUGUUGAACAGAAAUGAUGUGAAGCUUUUUCCAUGUUAAAAAAAAAUAGCACCUUUUUAGUUAUACUAAAUUGGAAAUACAUUUUCAUAUUGUGACUGUAUGUGAGCAGCAGGGUAUGUUGUAUGAAAGAGAAACCUUACUGGUAUGAUAGGGUACACUCUGACCUGUUAUUCCCACUGUCCAGCCCUACGAUACCUUUUUACAUUUUGGAUGUAGCUGCUGUCAGGGAGGAACCUCAAGUCUUAUUGGACAGACAAGCAACACAACUGACCAAUGUUGGCCUCAUUUAUCAGACAAACUGUUCAGCGUAUUAAAAUGUUGUGGAUGCAGGCGGACGCAUCACUUACAUAAGGUCAAAGGUCACACAGCAGAGAUUGAGAUUGCAGAUACAGGUAUUUCUGUUGUGUUGUAGACCACGUCUGCUGUAUUCAUACCCAGAGGAGGACAAACAUGUUCCCUCUGGGACUCCUCAGUUAUAUGGAGCCUGGAGUAUGCCACCAGACUAAUUAUAGUCUUAUUCAGUGUUAAAUUAUAGUCAAUUAAUACAUUUAAGAAUCCUGAAUAUGCAUUUAAAUAAUGCAUUGAAAAACUAAAAAAAGAUAAUUAAAUUUGCCUGUAAAAUUGAAAGAUAAUUUUGUGAUUCCAUUUUAAAAUGUAGUAAAUUAAAUCACUUAAACAUAAGGCACAUCUAAGAAUAAGGAAAAACUAUUAAUUGGCAGAUUUAAUUAUUUUAUAUUAUAAUAGUUAUAAUUAAUAUAUACAAUCAAACAUUGAAAGUGUGGCACACUCAAUAAGAAGAGGUUGGACUCAUGUUGGAACACAGGAAAAUCUGCCUUGGUUUAACAGUCUUAUUAACAAGCCGUUUUGUUUUCCAAAUGCAAAAAAAAAACACAGUAUGUUAAAUAUUUUAUUAGGGUAAUAUGCAAACCAUUUUUUAUUGCUUAGGUUGUUCUCAUGUCACAGCCAUAUGUAUGCAAGCUAGUUUAUGAUUCACCUGAGCCACAGAAUAACAGGUUUGUUGUUUAAUAAUGAAAUAUGAACAAUGCACUGCUUUUCCAAUAGUCUCUGAGGGCAGCAUUCACAUAAGACAGGAUCUAAAAGUGGCAUAAAUACAUAGAUUCUAUAUAAAUUUAUAUAUAUAUAUUCUUCAUAACAAUGAUGGUAUGGAGUAACAAAUCCUGGUUAGUCAGAAAUCCAUGCUUGGCCGUGGAAAAUAUAAGACCGCUUCUUUCAUUCUUAGUGCUAGAUUUUUGCAGCUGUUUAUCUACUACCUCCAGAUGCUAGCCACAUUUAGCUAAACAAGAGUGUGAAAUGGACUACGGCAGUGUGUUAGCAUAUGCAAAUGAAAAUGAUUUCUUAAAAAGGAUCCACUUGAAGACUAGACACCAAACAUGGAAGAAUUUUAUCACAGCACACAUAACGAGUCUUCUAAUUUGAAUGAUGCAAUAAUAAUAGAUCCAAUAUUAUUUUGCUAUGUUAUAAAACCGUAUAGCACCCUCAAAUGUCAUGAUCACUACAUAAAUAUAAAUCACAUAUGAGAAUUUAACAAAGUGGUAUUGUAUAACUGUGAUUUUUGUGAGCAAGGUGUUCAUAUACAGAAGACUCACUGUAUGGCCAAAGGCUAUAUUGAAAUGCAGAGCAGAUUUAAACUUCUCAGUGACGGUAAAAUAUCCAUCAUUUCUCUUAAUACCAGUAAGGUUCAUGAUUCAAUUCUCAGGAAGUUUGUUUCUUUUUUUGGCUGUAAGGGUCAUUACUACAAAGUCUGAAUCAGCUGGGUUUGAAAAGCUCAAAGGCAUCUGCAUCAUGUGCAUCUAUCUAUGGAAGCAACAAAGUGCCAUAAUAAUGAGAAUCUUUUAUGCAACUGAAAUAGUACUUGUGAAAUUUAAUGACUUUUGAAUACUUAAUUUUGGGACUUUUGGGGCACCUUUAAAAGUUGAAUUUGAGCAAUUUGAAUAGAGUGUAGUUUUUAUUUUUGACACUUGCACAAUUUGAAAUACUCAAAUUAA